AUGGCUAGCGCACACGGACACGAUGCCUCAGUCGACUUGCUCAUUCUUGGCGCCGGAUGGACAUCUACGUUCCUCAUCCCGCUCUGCGUGGAACGUAGCAUCUCAUAUGUUGCCACGACACGCUCGGGGAACGCUCCACCUACGCCAGCUGCUCAACCUUCGAUUCAAUUCGAAUUUGAUCCCACGUCCGACGAUCCGACGCCAUUUACACCUCUGCCCAACGCGAGAACGGUCCUAAUCACUUUUCCUAUCAAGGUUCAGGGAGCGUCGGAACGGCUUGUACGACUGUACAAGCUCACCCACACCGGCACAAAAGCGGCCUUCAUCCAAUUGGGAUCCACGGGGAUUUGGGAUGGUGGGCCUACGUCGAGGAGCGAAUCCGAAGGUGAGCUGCCAGACGUAUGGAUCGAUCGUCAUUCUCGUUUCGAUACGAGUAAUGAUCGAGCACGGGCCGAGAUGGAACUUCUUGCGCUAUCUACGGAGACGCCAACCACCGUUCUAAACCUCUGUGGAUUAUGGGGUGGCAAACGGUCGAUGCGAAAUUGGGUCGGACGAGUUGCGCCAACGAAGGAGGUUUUGAGCAAAAAGACAAGUAUACACAUGAUCCACGGCUUUGAUGUCGCUCGAGCGAUUCUCGCCGUACACAGCACCUUCGCCCCUGCGAAUGGCCAGCGCUGGCUACUCACCGAUGGAAGGGUGUACGACUGGUGGGACCUUGCUUCCGCAUGGGGACCCCAGCCGAAAUGGGUCUUCGAGUUGAUGGAAGAAACCGGCGUUCGCGCUCUCCCUCGUGAUCCAAAACACCUUGGUCGUGCUCUCGACAGUCGAGAGUUCUGGGUCACCUUCGGCCUCCAUCCUGCGAAAGCAAGGUUGGAACGGGAAUAA